GAGGGGACGGUAGGAGGUGGACGCGAGAGCUGGCGCAGCUGCUGUGGUGGCAGCGGCUGAAGCGGCGGCGGCUGCAAGAGCUCCGGGCUCGCGGCUUUGGCGGCGGCGGCGGCGGCGGCGGCGCCGGCGGUCUGGGCUGCGCGGUGCGGACCCUGGCGCGCGGUCCGGGUUGCUGGGGCGGCGCGUAAGAUGUCUCUAAUGGAGGAGUUUCUGAGAAGCACCUCUGGGCCAGUGGCUUUGAAAGGGAGCUCCAAGCAGAGGCUGUUUGAAGCCCUGGACAUCGCAUCCUGAGGGCUGUAGGAGAAGAGAGCAUGGCUGUGAGUUUGGAUGACGACGUGCCCCUCAUCCUGACCCUGGACGAGGGUGGCAGUGCCCCGCUGGCUCCGUCCAACAGCCUGGGCCGAGAGGAGCUGCCCAGCAGAAAUGGAGGCAGCUGUGCCACCCACGACUCCCAUGCCCCCAGUCUGAGCUUAGGGGGUGAGAGUUCCCCCUCGAGCCCCACCAGACACAACUGGGAGAUGAAUUAUCAAGAGGCAGCAAUCUACCUCCAGGAAGGCGAGAAUAACGACAAGUUCUUCACCCACCCCAAGGAUGCCAAAGCGCUGGCGGCCUACCUCUUCGCACACAACCACCUCUUCUACCUGAUGGAGCUGUCCACGGCCCUCCUCCUGCUGCUGCUCUCCCUGUGCGAGGCCCCCGCCGUCCCUGCGCUCCGGCUCGGCAUCUACGUCCACGCGACCUUGGAGCUGUUUGCCCUGAUGGUGGUCGUGUUUGAACUCUGCAUGAAGUUGCGGUGGCUGGGCCUCCAUACCUUCAUCCGGCACAAACGGACCAUGGUCAAGACCUCGGUGCUCCUGGUGCAGUUCAUCGAGGCCAUCGUGGUGUUGGUACGGCAGACCUCGCACGUGCGGGUGACCCGGGCGCUGCGCUGCAUCUUCCUGGUGGACUGUCGGUACUGCGGCGGCGUCCGGCGCAACCUGCGGCAGAUCUUCCAGUCGCUGCCGCCCUUCAUGGACAUCCUCCUGCUGCUGCUCUUCUUCAUGAUCAUUUUCGCCAUCCUUGGUUUCUACUUGUUCUCCCCUAAUCCUUCAGAUCCUUACUUCAGCACCCUGGAGAACAGCAUCGUCAGUCUGUUUGUGCUUCUGACCACGGCCAAUUUCCCAGAUGUGAUGAUGCCCUCCUACUCCCGGAACCCCUGGUCCUGUGUCUUCUUCAUCGUGUACCUCUCCAUCGAGCUGUACUUCAUCAUGAACCUGCUUCUGGCCGUGGUGUUCGACACCUUCAAUGACAUCGAGAAACGCAAGUUCAAGUCUUUGCUGCUGCAUAAGCGGACUGCUAUCCAGCAUGCCUACCGCCUGCUUGUCAGCCAGCGGAGGCCCGCUGGCAUCUCCUACAGGCAAUUUGAAGGCCUGAUGCGCUUCUACAAGCCCCGGAUGAGCGCCGGGGAGCGCUAUCUGACUUUCAAGGCACUGAAUCAGAGCAACACGCCUCUGCUCAGCCUGAAGGACUUUUAUGAUAUCUACGAAGUCGCCGCCUUGAAGUGGAAGGCCAAGAGAAAUCGAGAGCACUGGUUCGAUGAUCUCCCUAGGACAGCAUUCCUCAUCUUCAAAGGAAUUAAUAUCCUUGUGAAGUCCAAGGCCUUCCAGUAUUUCAUGUACUCGGUGGUGGCCGUCAACGGGGUCUGGGUCCUCGUGGAGACCUUCAUGCUGAAAGGCGGGAACUUCUUCUCCAAGCACGUGCCCUGGAGUUACGUCGUCUUUCUGACUAUCUAUGCGGUGGAGCUGUUCCUGAAAGUGGCUGGCCUGGGUCCCGUUGCAUACCUGUCCUCCGGAUGGAACCUGUUCGACUUCUCUGUCACCGCGUUUGCCUUCCUGGGACUGCUGGCUCUGGCCUUCAACAUGGAGCCCUUUUAUUUCAUCAUGGUCCUGCGUCCCCUGCAGCUGCUGAGGUUGUUUAAACUGAAGAAGCGUUACCGCAACGUGCUGGACACCAUGUCCGAGUUGCUGCCGCGGAUGGCCAGCCUGGCCCUCACCCUGCUCAUCUUCUACUACUCCUUCGCCAUCGUGGGCAUGGAAUUCUUCUGUGGAAUCCUCUACCCCAACUGCUGCAACACGAGUACAGUGGCAGACGCCUACCGCUGGCUCAGUCACACCGAGGGCAACAGGACUGUCGUGGAGGAAGGCUACUACUAUCUCAAUAACUUUGACAACAUCCUGAACAGCUUUGUGACCUUGUUCGAGCUCACAGUUGUCAACAACUGGUAUAUCAUCAUGGAAGGCGUCACCUCUCAGACCUCCCACUGGAGCCGCCUGUACUUCAUGACCUUUUACAUCGUGACCAUGGUGGUGAUGACUAUCAUCGUCGCCUUCAUCCUUGAGGCCUUUGUCUUCCGGAUGAACUACAGCCGCAAGAACCAGGACUCGGAAGUUGACAGCGGCAUCACCCUUGAGAAGGAAAUCUCCAGAGACGAGCUGGUUGCUGUCUUGCAGCUCUACCGGGAGGCGCGGGGGGCCUCCUCGGACGUCACCCGGCUGCUCAAGAUCCUCUCCCAGAUGGAGAGGCACGAGCAAUAUGCCGUGGUGUUUCUGGGACGGAGAUCAAGGACCAAAAGCGAUCUGAGCCUAAAGAUGUACCAAGAGGAGAUCCAGGAGUGGUACGAGGAGCAUGCCCGGACGCAGGAAGAAGACCAGCAUCAGCUGAGCGGCAGUGGUGUCCUUGUCACCCGGCUGCCACCAGGCAGCCGCCUGCGCUCCCAGACUGUCACCUAACCCCGCACGCGCAAGCCAUCUCUUCUAUGCAAUAACACAAUAGUAUUAUUUUACUACGGUGUAUC